AUGCGACUUACAAUGGCACAAAAAAUCCAUUUUCCCUAUUAAUUUUUAAUGCUGUAUCAAAAUUGCAGAUCAAUAAAUACGAUGUUCUUAUCUUAGUCAUAUUCAGCUUAUAUUCUUUAAUGAGGUCCAGUAUUGUGACAGCAAUGUUAAACUUGCUAUCGUAUGUAGGCAUGGGCCUACAGUCGGAGUUAUGUUUUUGGACGCUGCUGGGUCUCCUGCGAACAAUAUUCGACGCGACUCUGUUUAAAGUUAAUGCCAAUCUGAAACAGGUGCGGCAUAUUAAAUUUGAUGUUCUACGAAAAACGCUUUUAUGGCUUUUAUGGUUGCGUCAUACGUUAUUUGUGUGGCAAAUGACAAUGCCAGUAGAACUGUCGAUGCCGGUACAGCGCGGGCUGCGUACCAUGAUCUCCGGCGUGAUGCUUGUCCAGUGCUUCACCGUCUACGUCUACCUCGCCUCCUACAUCGUCCUCCUUUAUCCUAUAUUUUUGGAAGAAAGGCCAACGUUAGUUCUUCCCUGGCUACUGCUAGCAGCAAUCAGGAAGUUUCUCUGCGAGCUGACGAGUCUGUCGCUUGGGCUCGGAGUAUGCCUCUUGGUGGGCCCUGCUAGGCCCUCCUGCAUCCGUUUCGUCAUUAUCAAGAUUGCCGGUAUCAUCCCUGCCGUUUACAUGUGGUUGCUUGUCCUAAGUUAUUACAAUACGCUCAAAGUUACGGCAGCAUUCCAAAGAUUCCCAGCAGUGCUGCCAUCAGGCGACGUCGAUGUCGACUACGGACUCGAACUCGCUGUGCGCAGGCGUAGAACCAAAUCCCUUAUGAACGAAAGACUGUUACGCAGAAGAAUUGUGGCUAAUUUAACUAGUUACGGUGGUGAUGGAACAUCUGUGAAAGAUGGCGUCAUAAUUUCUAGACCAACUGGUGAAAAUGUAGUUGAAACUCCUUCGUCAGGAUCUCAAGUAAAUGAAGAUGAAAAUAGUACACAUAAUCAGGACACUACAAAAAUUACGGAUAAUGUUAUCUCAAAUCUUAUAACUGAGCGUUCAGUGUUGUUAGAGCCGGAUGACGAUUUUUGUGAAAGCGAUUUAGCAAUACCUCGUGACACUGACCGCAUAAUGGAACAGUUUAUAUUAAUGUUAUUACACAUAGGUGCCUAUUUAACUAAACAAGGAACUGGUUUAGCGCAGAUGUAUAGUACACACGCAUCAGAUUUGCUUCCCAGUACCCUUCUUCUUGGCGAGGACACGGAUACUCCACCAUCAGUUGGAAAUGAUAAAACGAGAACCACAUCCUAUUUACAACAAUACCCUCAUAUCUUUAUGAAAAAAGAUUCUACAAGGCUUCGGACGAGCCCUCCUAACUCACCCGAUGAUUCAAGUAAAAAUUUGAAGCGUAGUGAAAAUAAUUCAAAACUUAAAAUAUCAGAUAAGUUUAUCGACUUUAAGCCAACAUUCGAACUAAAAGAGACACCUCACCAAGAAGUGUCUGAAAUACUAUUAGAUGGCGUUGAGUCAAGGAACUAUCGAGAACCUGAAAGUUUAAAAACUGAUCACAACAUCAGAUUUGUAAGUUCAAAAGAAAAAGUUCACGAAGCUGUUAACAUUUCUGAAGUCGGGAAUUAUGAGCGCAACAAAAAUAAUCAGCACGAUAACCAAUACACUGAAGAAAUGACAUCCUAUAACUCUUUUGAUGAAAUUAUUGAAAGAAUCACACAAAGUAUGGCAGAAAAACACAAUGAAAUAGACAGAAUAACCUUGUCAAAUCUGUCGAGCCAGUCAAGUCAGUCGACUCUGAGAGAAAAUGGAUCAAAACAUGGAAACAAAAAUCCAAAAUCUGCUAGUAGCGACAAAUAAAUUACUACAUUGUAAUGUGUCUUGUAUAAAAUAAACGCUAGAAAAAAUAACAGUGUACUCUAAGUAAAACGGUUUUAUUUUGAUGACACAAUUAAUAAUAAAGUUAUGUAAAACAAAAAUACACUACUAAAGUAAA